GAAAAAGACAAAAAGUUGCGUCAGCGCCACAGUCAACAGGUCUUUUUGUGUCUUCUUCGCAUCGCACGCAAGGUGAAGCGCAUUGUUAGUCACUCAAGCAUAUGAGAUUUUAAAGAGACGCGUUCACCUGGAUUGCUGUGGUGUACAGGGAACCGCACUCAUGUGCACUGUCCAUAAAAUAUACAUGUAAGUUAAAGCAAACUUAGUUUAAUGUGAAUAGUUUGUUGGCGCGUUGCCAGUUGCUGCUGCGCGCGUCAGCUUCUGUCUGCUGUACUGCUGCUGGUAUUCAGAGGACGGUAUGCUCGGAUCCUUCGUCACUGAGACAACACGUGAAUCAAUUGAAUCGGGAUAUUUAGCCAUAUGGUUAACAACACACAAUGCAUCGAUACGGAUCGCCACCGAAGAGUUGGCUUGGUCUCCGUUUGCGACUGGGUGAGAAGCCUGUGCUUGAGGAGAAAACCGGUAUCUAUUGUCAACAUCCCAAUUGCACAGAACGUCGGCUUGCAUCUAAGGUUUGUCACCACCCUUUGUGUCAGGAUCUUAGAGACGGCAGUCCACUCCACCUCUGUGAGUCAUGUGACUCAAGCUGCCAUCCGGUCGCCUGUGAGGGCAUGCACUUUGACAGGCAUCCACGAUUUGACCUGCAGCCACAAGGUUCCAUUCUGGCCCGGAACGUGUCCACUCGUUCCUGUCCGCCUCGCACCGGCCCCCCUUCUGACAUGGAGGACGGAGAGGAGGGGUGCUCUGACCUAGGGGAUCGCAGGACUGGAGGGAUGAAACUGGUUAAAAAGAAGACCAGACGCAGACACACAGAUGACCCCAGCAAGGAGUGCUUUACUUUAAAGUUUGACCUCGAUAUUGACGUUAGCAUGGAGAUUGUUCCAGCAGUGAAGAAGAAAACCUUAAGAGAGGUCCUGGGAGCAGUGUUUGAGAGAAAAGGCAUUGAGCUGUCACGGGUCGACCUGUUUUUAGAUCAGUCAAACACCCCGCUUUCAUUGGGAUUUGAAGCCUACCGCUUUGGUGGGCACUACCUCAGAGUACGAGCUCGUCCAGGAGAGGAGCUGAAGGUGGAGAGGUGUGUUAAGGACCCUCGGUCCCUCAGUUUGCCCAUCAUGAGGUCUUCAAACACGCAGAGUUCCUCUACUGAGCGAACCGAGCAUGGCUCUCUUGGACGCAGGGAGGCUGCAGAUCUGCUAGUUGGCUUGGGUAACGCACGUCGGUUAAAGAAGAUGCCAGAGUUUCUGAGUGAUGCAAGCACUGCACCAUCUCAAGACUCUGUGUCCCAGCUGGGCGGUUCCCUCCCAGGCUCCAUAACGGGUACAGAUCGCUGGAGGAACCGUGCCGCUAGCCGUAUUAGCGGCCUUUUCGGUUCCAACUCAGGAAAUGGGUCUCUUGGGAAGGAGUGUGAUCGUGUGGAACAGUUGCAGAGUAAGCUUUACUCCUACACUAUGUUCGGAUUGCCCAAGAUGCCUCCACAGCUUUCAUUUCACAGAGACUCAUGGGAAGAGGAGCCAAAUCUGGAGCUGGAGGAGAGCUGGAAGCAACUGCUGGAGACCCCAGAGAUUUUAAGCAGGCGUCAGUGCCAUCAGCAGGAGGCCGUGUGGGAGCUGCUGCAGACAGAGUCAGAUUACAUCAAGAAACUGCACGUCAUUACUGAUCUGUUUCUCAGUGGACUGUUGAACCUGCAGGAGAGUGGUUUACUUAGUGAAGUCGAACCCGUGCGUCUCUUCAGUAACAUUCAGGAUAUUGUGCAGCUGCAUACAUCUCUAUGGGCAGAGGUCAUGUUGCCUGCGCUGGAGAAAGCCAGGCAGAAGAGAACAUUGCUCGACCCCACUGACCUACAUCAGGGCUUCAGCACUUUUGGUUUCAGAUUCAAGCCCUACAUCCGUUACUGCAUGGAGGAGGAGGGGUGUAUGGAGUACAUGCGCACAUUACUAAAAGACAAUGAACUCUUCAGAAUUUAUGUAACGUGGGCCGAGACUCAUAAACAGUGCAACCGGCUGAAGCUGACAGAUAUGUUGGUAAAACCGCAUCAAAGACUCACCAAAUACCCACUGCUGCUCAAAAGUGUGCUGAAAAAAACUGACGACCCCCCGACUCGUGAGGCUAUCAAUAAAAUGGUGGCUGCUGUUGAAUGUUUCAUUAACAGUAUAGACUCUCAGAUGAGGCAAAGGGAGGAAAAACAGAAGCUGGCUGCCAUUGCUGGUCGUAUAGAGGCGUAUGAGGCUGUGGAGGGGGCUAGUGAGGAAGUGGAGAGGAUCCUCAAAGAAUAUAAUAACUUUGACUUGACCGCUCCAAUGAUGGGCGUCCCAUCAGAGGAGAUCCGUCAGCUGCUCCUCGAAGGACCCCUGAAGAUGAAGGAGGGUAAAGAAAGCAGGAUGGACGUGUACUGUUUCCUCUUCACUGACGUUCUGUUGAUCACUAAGCCGGUGAAGCGUGUGGAAAAAGUGAAGGUUAUCCGGCAGCCCCUUGUCAUCCGUAACGUGGUGUGCCGGGAACUGAAGGAUCCGGGAAGCUUCCUGCUUAUCUACCUCAAUGAGUUUCGUUGCGCUGUGGCAUCUUACUGCUUUCAGGCUAACAGUGGCACUCAGGGCCGUAGCUGGAUGGAGGCCAUUUACAAUGCACAGAACCAGCUGGAGAGACUUCGCUCCGAGUCCCAGAGAGAUGACCGAGAUGAAGAUGAGACAGAAAGCAGUUUGUCCACAUCCAGCUCUCCAUCACUACAGCACAGAGAGUCGCUGGACAAAGGCCUCUCUCAGAGUCACUCCGAUGGCUCAACAGAAACUCUUUCAGUGGCUGCAAUGGAAGAGGCGGAUGAAGUCGGGACCUUGUCUACCGGAGCGCAGAUGGUGCCGACUGCAUCCCCGAGAAGCUCGCUGCUUUCCGAUUCAUCAGUCCUGCGAGAUUCCUUUUCCACUAAUAACGGCAGAGGUCUGGAAAGGUUGGGUGAUCCGGUUCCCACAGACUUGGAUCCAGAGAGUCGCUCUCUUUCUAUAGACAGUGCAUAUGGAACGCUCUCACCAGAGUCCCUGAUCACAGAGCUGGACUUAAAGGGACAAGUGAGCCAGAGCGAAGGAGAAGACACCGAUGCUGGGGAGGAAGAGGUGGUGUUUGAGGACGAUGAAGAUGCAGAGGAUGAAGAUUCGAUGACCUGGAACGGCUCUCAGAUUACUGUAAAUGAGCCAUACAUUUUGGAUGACCAUUCGAGCAAUCAUCUUCCUGACCAGGUGAACGACAUAACUGGAACAUCUCAGGUCACUGAUUGCCGUUCCCAAACGCUGAGACGUCCCUCGCCUAUCCAGCCCCGCCCAGAUUACCUGCAGCACUUUACAAUGAGGUCACGUUCUGAAGAUGACCUCCUUCAAUGCAUCACCGGUCCUCUCCGGCCCUCGGACAGCAGUGUUAGUCGAAGCCUGACAUACCUCGACGAACAGACGUCUACCGGCGCAAAGACGGAUCAGAAAGCCAGAGCGUUGUCGAGCAAAGUGACAGAAAGUCUUAGGCGAGCAGAGGCCAGGCAUGUUCAAAGGACCCUGAGCUGCCCCAAUGGCCAGGAAGACCGUGAGCUCACGACAGAAACACUGCCCCCCAGUGAGGUGGAGGAAAAGUGCAUCUUGGUGCUAUCCCAGCAACCUCAUCACCAGCAGAAGAAGCUGACCGUGGCUCAGCUGCACAGGAUACGUGCCACCAUGGUGCUAAAUUCAACACUGACUGCAUCGGAGGUGUAGCGUCUGACUAAUAAGGUUGAUGCCAUUAGCUGGUCUAUUGGUGGGACUUAGACCAGGUCCAGGACAACAUAUGCAAAGAAGCCAUCGCUGGUAUCAAUACCAAGGCUUAGCAGCUUGACAUCAUCUAAAAACGACUCGAGUAUAAACACAGGCUGACACAACGAGAACACUGUGGAACUUUCAGUAAACAGCCAUAAGUAUAACUUAAUAAUAGCAUAAUAUUGCCUACGAAGUCAAUAUUGUAUUUCUAAGAAUUAAAUGUACAAAGAAGUACAUUGUCUAAUGCCUGUGUGAUAUUGAACAAAGGGGCUUAAGAUAAUCAGUGUUGUACAUGCACCAAUCAGGGCUUUUAGCAAAAGAAAGGGAACGAGAUAUAACGUAUGUUUGCUUUAUACUUUCCUGUUCUGUUGAAGAGGAAUCCAGUAAGUAUUUUGACAAAGGCAUGUUUCAACUUCCCUUAGACUUAGUCUGUUUCAUUUUAUUAAUUCGAUGAAGUUACACUAUCAAGUAUUUCAUUUAUUUGGUGCUUAAUUUCUGUCAAGCAUUGCAUUGUUACCCUAUAAAUGCCAAAUACGGGCCAAAGGUGGUAAUCGGGCUGAAAAACAAACAGUUUAUUUUACAUUAUGAAUGUGAGUUUAUUUGAACUGAUAAUAGACAUUUGUGCACUUGAGACUUAACAUUUCAAACAUUUUGGGACGCUUGGGUUAAUGUUUUGGCAAUGCAUUACUGCCCUCUUGUGUAUAUCUAAGGAACUCCUCAUUAUGUUAAACUAAACCACUCCUUAACUCAGUCUUUUUGUUUGAAUGGACAACAAAAUCAUUUGAUCUCUGUAUCCCAAAGAACUAGAACUUUUUUUUAAUGCAAAGAGAUGUAGCUUCUGAAGUAGAUUGUGAGAAAAAAACAAUUGUGUGGAACUUUUGCACCACAAAUAUGAACUUGCAUGCAUUUAUUGUUUCUUUGUUUGCUUGUUUGUUUGUUUCAGUGCUUUGUAAAUAUGGUAUUUAUUGAAACUGCUUUAUUUUAUAGAUAAUAUGCUUCUUGUUAAUGCAAUUUGAUUGUUGUAACAUUUUGCUUGUUGAAUGAUCGGCACUGUUUUUUCUAAUUUGUAAUUUUUUUUUGACACAAAAACAAGGGCUAAAUUAAUGUCUUAUCCCUGGAUUGUAUCGGUUUACAUAUGUAGCUUACAUAUUUACAGUUUACAAAUGUGCACCUGCUCCCCCCCCAAAAAUUAAAAAAGCACAAUACACACAAACAAUCAAUUAAAAUGCUUCAGAUGCCAACUCUGCUUCCAAAA